AUGGUGAGCCAUCAGACCUCCUCCUCCCUGGCCAGAUUGCUGAUCCUCUCCGUCAAGGCUGCUACUACAGCCCACUACUUCGAGCGACAGGUGGCCGACGCCCAGAUAUCCAAGUCAGAUGUCAACAACUUGAUCAUGGACUAUCUGAUCACCGAAGGCUACCCAUCAGCAGCGGAAAAAUUUGCGGCGGAAGCCAAUAUCCAGCCUAAGGCUGAUUUCAGUGACAUUCAAGAAAGGGUGCAAAUUCGAGAAUCGAUACACCGUGGCGAUCUGCAAGCAGCCAUCGAGCUUAUAAACGAUCUCAACCCAGAACUAUUGGAUAGAGAUAAAAGACUACACUUCUCUCUUCUCCGGCUUCAACUGGUCGAGUUAAUUCGCCAAAGUUUCACGUCCUCAGACUCAAGCUUGGUGGGCAAAGCUAUAGAAUUCGCUCAAAACAACCUUGCGCCCUACGCUCCCUUAGAUGCACAAUAUAAGGCCGACCUAGAAAGGGCUAUGGCACUCCUGAUCGUCCCCAAGGAAUCAUGGACUCAGGCAGCGGCAUCGGGUUCGUCUGGCCCAGCGGCUUCACAGAUUCAAAAUGAUUUCGGCGCUUUGGCAGAACUCGUCGAUCCUUCGUUACGACAGAAGGUUGCAAAAGACGUCAAUGAGGCAAUUCUGCAGUCUCAAGAACAAAGAAGAGAAGCCAAUAUCAGAUAUCUUGUCAGAGCACGUGCAUGGGCCGAACAACUCGCUCGCGAGAAGAAAAUAGACCUGCCCAAAAAUCUUACACUGGGUCUUGACGAUGAAGGAUCUUCCGCUCGUGGUCGGAACGGCCACAACGGUGACACCGAGAUGACAGAAAAUGGGUCUGAAGACAAUGCCGCCAGUAGCGACGCAGAUCUGUCCCGGUACACGAACAUACCCUCUUGA